AUGUUUCUUUAUUUUUUUAGUUCUCUCUCUCUCUCUCUCUCUGUUUUUCUCUCUCUCUCCUGCUCUCUCUUUCACCUUCUAUCUCACACCUUUUCUAUCAGACUCUCUUUCUCUCUCUCUCUGCCCCUAACCCCUAAAAAGAGGUUCCUGAUAUUUAAAAAAAAAUUCUUUCUUUACUUUUUCUUUUUCUUUACUAUUUUCUUUUCUCUCUUUUUUCUUCUAUCUUUUCCUUCUCUCUUUUUUCUUUUAUCUUCUCUCUUUUCCUUCUUUCUUCCUCUCUUUUCCUUCUUUCUUCUCUUUCUCUUUCUUUUUCUUCUUUCUCUCUUUCCUCUCUCUUUUCAUCUCUCUCUCUUUUCUCUCUCUUUUCAUCUCUCUCUCUCUUUCGUCUCUCUUUUUCUUCCCUGUUUUUCUUCUUCCCUCUUUCUCUUUUCUUUUACUUUUCUUUUUCUUUUUUCUCUCUUUUUCUUUCUUUACUUCUCCCUCUUUCUCUUUUCUUUUCCCUCUCUCUUUUUCUUUUCUUCUCGCUCUCCCUCUUUUCUUUCUUUCUUUCUUGCCCUCUCUCUUUUUUCACUCUUUUUUUCUUCUCUCUCUCCUUUUCCCUCUCAGCUUGGAUGCACCCGGAAGAAGUUGUGGCCUGAAAUUGUUCACAAUUACAAAGGAUUUACCACAGAGGAUAUAAGCCAAGCGGCAGUGGAUAAAGCAGUUGAGCUAGCACGGAUGCUGGGAGGAGAAGAUUUGUCGGAUAUGACCCGCGAUGACGUGGAUGUGCUGCUGAAGGUGCAUUCGGAUCCCUUAACUGACGAGGAAUUGGUAGACAUAACUAAGUCUGCCUGUGAGGAGGGGGAAGAGCAGCCAGAGGCUUCUGGGGGUGAGGAGGAGGCAAUUAGCCAUACACUUGAGCGUCUCACGCAAGUCGUGAGAACUAUUAAGGAAGUACAUAACACGAUUGGCGAAUGGGACCCGUAA